ACUCCAGAGACUUGGCCCUCUGGCGCCUGCCUCUCGUUCCGUUUCUCCUCCCUCCCCUCAAGCUCAAAACCCAGAAUCGAAACUGUGCUGUGAUCCAUGCAGCGGGAGCCUGCACUCGCCCGAUCUCCGGGUCCCCAGCAAGACCCCGCCCGGCCCCCCACACCCACCAUGCCUCCCCCGGAGUCCGUCUCCGAAGGCCACCAGCCCAGCCCCAGCCACAGCCCCACGGAGAAAGCCGUGGAGGAGGAGUUCCAGUUCCUGCGCUGCCAGGGCUGCCAGGUAGAAGCCAAGUGCCCCAAACUGCUGCCUUGUCUGCACACGCUGUGCUCGGGAUGCCUGGGGGCGCCAGGCAUGCAGUGCCCCAUCUGCCAGGCGCCCGGGCCCGCAGGCGCGGACUCGCUGGCCCUGGAUAACGUCUUCUUCGAGAGUCUGCAGCGGCGCCUGUCGGUGUACAGGCAGAUCGUGGACGCGCAGGCACUUUGUACCCGUUGCAAAGAGACUGCCGACUUCUGGUGUUUCGAGUGUGAGCAGCUCCUCUGUGCCAAGUGCUUCGAGGCGCACCAGUGGUUCCUCAAGCACGAGGCCCGGCCCCUGGAAGAGCUCCGCAGCCAAUCGGUGUGCGAGUUUCUAGAUGGCACGCGGAAGUCCAACAACAUCUUCUGCUCCAACCCCAACCACCGCACCCCUAUGCUGACUAGCAUCUACUGCCGAGGCUGCUCCAAGCCGCUGUGCUGCUCGUGCGCGCUCCUGGACAGCGGCCACAGCGAGCUCAAGUGCGACAUCAGCGCGGAGAUCCAGCAGCGGCAGGAGGAGCUGGACGCCAUGGCGCAGGCGCUGCAGGAGCAGGACAGCGCCUUCAGCGUGGCGCAUGCGCAGAUGCAUGCGGCUGUCAGCCAGCUGGCCCGCAUGCGCGCGGACACCGAGGAGCUGAUCCACGCGCGCGUGCGCCAGGUAGUAACGCACGUGCUGGCCCAGGAGCAAACGCUCCUGGAGGGAGUGAACGCGCGGUACCAGCAAAGCUACGAUGAGAUCGCUGGCCAGCUGGGCCACCUGGAGGCGGUGCUGCAGCGCAUCCGCGUGGGAGGUACGCUGGUGCAGAGGAUGAAGCGCUACGCCUCUGACCAGGAGGUGCUGGACAUGCACGGCUUCCUGCGACAGGCGCUCAGCCACCUGCGCCAGGAGGAGCCCCAGAACCUGCAAGCCGCCGUGCGCCUCGACGGCUUCGACGAAUUCAAAGUGCGCUUGGAGGGACUCGUCACCCGUAUCACUCAGGCGACAGAUGCAGCUCUACCCAGGAGAGCGAGCCCAGAGGCUACCAGCACUCCCAGGGACGCUCCUGACAUCGACUCGCCAGAGGAGAUGCCGAGGGCGCAGGCGCAGGCCCCAGGCCCGGCUGAGACCCAAAUGGGGGCUGUGGUGCAGUCGGUGCCCGGGGUACACCCAGUGCCCGUACAUGCCUACUCUAUCAAAGAUCCCUCGUGCAGAGAGGACAUCUGCAACCCAGUCACUUCCCAGAAGAGGAAGUCCUGCCAGACUGAGUGCCCCAGGAAGGUCAUCAAGAUGGAGUCUGAGGAGGAGAAGGAGAUACGGGUGGCCCAGAGCUCCCCUGAGCAACCCAGGCCCAGCACCUCCAAGGCAGUGUCGCCACCCCACCUGGACGGGCCCUCCAGCCCUCAAAGCCCCAUCAGCGGGAAGGAGGUCUUCCUGCCCAACAGCAACCAUGCGACCAACGAGCCUGGGGAGGCAGAGGAACGCGUCGUGGUAAUCAGCAGCUCGGAAGACUCAGAUGCUGAAAACUCGUCCUCCCGAGAGCUGGACGACAGCAGCAGCGAGUCCAGUGACCUCCAGCUGGAGGGCCCCAGCUCCUUGAGGGUCCUGGAUGAGAGCCUGGCCGACCCCCAAGCAGAAGACAGGCCCCUGGUUUUCUUUGACCUCAAGAUUGACAGUGAAACCCAGAAGAUUAGCCAGCUGGCAGCCGUGAACCGGGAGAGUGAGUUCCGCGUGCUCAUCCAGCCCGAAGCCUUCUUCAGCAUCUACUCCAAGGCCGUCUCCCUGGAGGUGGGGCUGCAGCACUUCCUCAGCUUCCUGGGCUCCAUGCGCCGCCCCAUCUUGGCCUGCUAUAAGCUGUGGGGGCCCGGCCUCCCCAACUUCUUCCAGGCCCUGGAGGACAUGAAUAGGCUGUGGGAGUUUCAGGAGGUAAUCUCCGGCUUCCUGGCCGCUCUGCCCCUCCUCCGGCAGCGCGUGCCCCGGGCCAGCAGCUUCAAACUCAAGAGUCUGGCCAAGACCUACCUGGCGAGAAACAUGAGCGAACGCAGCGCCCUGGCCGCCGUGCUGGCCAUGCGAGAUCUGUGCCGCCUCCUCGAGGUCUCCCCGGGCCCCCAGCUGGCCCAGCACGUCUACUCCUUCAGCAACCUGCAGUGCUUUGCGUCCCUGCAGCCCCUGGUGCGGGCGGCCGCCCUGCCCCGGGCCGAAGCCCGCCUCCUGGCCCUCCACAAUGUGAGCUUCACCGAGCUGCUGGCCGCGCACCGCCAUGACCCGGAGCGGGGCUUGAAGAAGUACAGCCGCUACCUGGGCCUGCAGACCACCUCAGCGUCCCCCGCGCAGCGCACUGCCAACCUGCAGGCCCUGAGCACCUACUUCAAAGGCCUGUCGUCCGAGGAGCCCGUCUCGGCACGGGCAGAAGGCAUCGUUGGCCUCAGCUUGACAGAAAAGGCGUCCCAGCAGAGCUGAGAGGAGGCAAGGACUGGCUUGGAAUCUCAGCGAGCCGAGAGCCAUGAGGUCCCUGCGCCAGGCCCCACUCAUCACAGUGUUUCCCGACCCCGGUCCCUAGUAUGCAGCUGUCAUUUGGUUCAGGAUCCAUUGUCUCAGACCAAACUGGAGCCCCACAGAGAAGGGUCCAAGUCCGAGUCCUAACCCCCCAGGGCCACCAGAUUCCCAUUCAGGCUUUGGGAGCACCAAUGGAGUGGUUGCUUCACCAGACACCUGGCCCCUCUCCUCCAGGACCCAAAACCAGGGAGGUUUUGAGUAAAGAAAGCCUGGGCUCUGGGCUGAGUGGCCCCCAGCCACCCAUCUUGCCACUUCCAUGAGUGUCCCCGCAGCUCCUCCCUAACCCCAGCCACUGCCCUGGGGGACCUGCUGACAGCCCCCGUGGACACUGCCUGCAACACCCCACGGGCACCCAAAGUGCCUUUCAAACCAAACCACCGUCCAGAGUUUGGCUUCUCCCACCACCUGCCUUUCUGAAGGCCAGCUCCCUUUUCACAUCUCCUUUGGGGAUAAAAAUGCAUUCUCAUCCCCACAGGGCCUCGAAUCUGCAGAGACAGAAUCUGCUGCCCUGUAUCUGUUCCACCUUCUAGAGUCUGACCCUUCCAAGCUUGCUUCUUUCCUUCUGGCCACACAGAUGCCACUCCUUUAGUCAGGCUUGGCUCUUUGGUCCUCAGGCCAUCAGCCCCUCUCAGCAUGGCUUUUGCUUUCACUGCACCGCCCCCCUCAGCCCCAUUAGGAAUGCCUGCUAGCACCGGGUGCCCGCCACAUACACCAGGACCCCGCAGUGUUGGCAUCCCCUGAGACCCUCCACCCCAGGCCUCUGGGAUCAGCGUCUCUGAGAGGUGGGCCCAGCAAGCUGUUUUAGCAUGUUCUCUGAUUCUGAUGCCCGCUCUGAUAGGCCGCUUCCUGAAAGAGCAGCAGUGUGGAGCAGCAGAGAAAGUCCUGGCCCCAACUGUGCACGUUGACAGGGUCCUAGGAAAAGACCCCUUCCUGAGCCCCCGUGUCCCCACUGGGCCAAUUGGCCCAGAUGGGCUCAGAGGUCCCAUCCAGUUCCGCCAUUUUGGGGCUUUAGCCACCAAGCCUGAUGAGCAUAGUUUUCAACUUAAACCCCAGCUCUCAGCCCUAACCUAGGCUAAGGUCCUCAAUCUGUGGUCACAUGAGAGGUCAGCAGCAGGACACAGCAAGCUCAGGGCCUUCCCUCUGACUAGCAGAGCCACUGUCCUCUCCAUAACCUCUCCCUUCCCCCUUCCUUGGCUCCUGCCAAGGGCCUCCAGCCCCUAUUGCCUGAGCUUUCACAGGAGUGAAGUCUGUGUGCCCGCACCUCAGCCCCCAUCCAAUGGGUGCACUGGAGAUCCACCAAGGGAGUACAUGGGGACCGGCUACCACAGUGGGAGUGUCAGCUCUAACGUGAACUCUGACACGUUUAAAAUAGCAUUCGCGUUUAAAGCAAGUGCCCGCUCAAAAGCUCCUGUAGGAACAGGCUGAUGGGUGAAGGGAGGAGCAGGCUGGGGCUCCUGCCUGGCUGUGAUGACCGCCUUGGCAAUUGCAAGGCAGCACUUGGGCUCCUCUUCCCUCAGCUUCGCCCUGAACUCGGCAGUGCCCACUGGUUUCCAGCCCUCCGUGCUUGCUUUCUGCAGAUGUAGUCCACCGCAGGUUUUAUAACAAAAGGCUCUUCUGCCCUCUUUCCAUUUAUGUAGCCUUUAAUAAAGAUGUGAAUGCUCAAA